AUGGACACCAAAUACCGCAAACAAAUCAUCGCAAGCCUGUUCUUUGCAAGAAAAAAAGUUUUACAUUUCUUGAGAGAUUUUCUCAUGGGCAUGUUUCUGGGACAAGCGAUCAUCAAACGCAAUGACGAAGCGUACGAUUGGUUAUUGAACUACAUCUCCAAACAAAACAAUUUGUUUCGUCCUUCAAGUAGGUUAGAGGUGCAGUCGAUCACUCAAACCAAAAGAGCACAAAAAUCACUAUUUACCUUAAAAUCAGAUGGCAACUUCCGAUAUGUCCCUGCAAGGAAUGAAAUGGUUUGUUUCAGAUUUGAAGGAGUAUUCUUUUGGGCCUCAAGAAAAGAGCUGGACAAUAAGAAUGUUCCGUUCGAUCCCUACGGAAGAAGAGGCUUCGAAGUCGAUAAAGAAAUCAAAUUGUAUUACCUUGCACUUACUAGUACACCCCUCAAACGAUUACUGGUAAAAGCGAAGUCGCUUUACAAGCGGGAAACACGACCAGCUCUCACUAUCAAACACCUAGAUCGACACAGCAGUGGAUGGAAAGAUUUGACCGAAAUUGACAAACGCUCAAUGGAGAGCAUUCAUUUACCCGCAGGGGUGAAAGAACAAGUCUUAAGAGAUGCCAAAGAAUUCAUUUCAAAAGACAAUUAUGAAUUCUUCAAAGAACGUAAUAUUCCUUACCGUCGUGGUUAUUUAUUUUACGGUGAACCGGGAAGUGGUAAAUCAAGUUUAUGUCAUGCUUUGGCAAGUGCUAUCGAUCGUUCAAUUUACGUUAUGAAUCUAGCGGAAAAUUCGCUUUCAGAUCAUCGAUUCAAUAGCCUAAUGAGCAGCAUUCCUGGAGGUUGCAUUGUUUUGAUGGAAGAUAUUGAUGCUGCGUUCGUCAAACGAACCAGCCCUCGACCACCAACCAGAUUUAGAGACGAUGAAUGUGGCGAUUGUGGUACCGGCAUCAGUUUCUCCACCCUUUUGAAUGCGAUUGAUGGUAUUUCAGCGGCUGAAGGAAGAUUACUAUGCUUGACAACUAAUCAUAUCGAAAAGCUUGAUCAUGCUUUGAUUCGUCCGGGCAGAAUUGAUCUUCGCAUCAAAUUCUCACACGCGACACAAGAGCAAGCAAAAGAACUCUUUUUGCAUUGGUACUUGCCAAGAAAAUCAAAAGUUGCCAAACCGACUACUACAGAAACAAAAGAUGCUCAACAAGCAAAAAUUACAAAAGUCGAUAUAGUCGCUGCAACAGGAAAUUCUGAUUCAGGCAUUGAUGAGAAGAUUGAAGGUGACAAAAGCGCCCCUGACGAAGACGCAUCGCCUCUUCCUUCCGUUGAAAACGAAAGUGACAAGAUACGUCAAUUGGCAGAAGAGUUUUCGCAAAAGAUUACCCCAGAUACGGUCAGCGUUGCCGCCAUUCAAGGUUACCUGUUGAUGUGCGGCAAGGAUUACAACAAGGUAGUGAAAGGUGCGGAAAAGUGGUUAGCCGAACAAAUCUUAGAACAGCAAAAGAAGAUUACACCUGAUGUUCCACCUGCAAGGACAGAAGCCACUUCAUCGAAGCAGACUCAACGAGCAAGACGUAGUGGGCCAAUUGAAAUUCUUGACCAGCGUAUUGAGGGACUAAACACCAGUGAUUCAGAAUGA